UUCUCUUUACUUCUUCUACGAUUUUUUGUUUGAAUUUCUCCAAUUAUUCUUUUUCCGGCGAACUCCGGCGAACUCCGGCGGCGGGGAGAGAUGGCGGACGAGAGGUAUAACAGGAAGAACCCGGCGGUGAAGAGAAUACUACAGGAGGUGAAGGAGAUGCAGUCGAAUCCAUCCGAUGAUUUCAUGAGCCUUCCACUUGAGGAGAACAUAUUUGAGUGGCAAUUUGCAAUCUGCGGGCCGCGGGAUUCAGAGUUUGAGGGUGGCAUUUAUCAUGGGAGGAUUCAACUGCCGGCCGAGUAUCCAUUCAAGCCCCCGGCAUUCAUGUUACUGACUCCAAAUGGUCGUUUUGAAACUCAGACAAAGAUAUGCUUGAGCAUAUCAAAUUAUCACCCUGAGCAUUGGCAGCCCUCUUGGAGUGUUCGAACAGCUUUGGUAGCCCUGAUUGCUUUCAUGCCAACCAACCCUGAUGGGGCAUUGGGGUCUCUGGAUUACAACAAGGAAGAAAGGCGCAAACUCGCUAUCAAGUCACGUGAAGUCAUCCCCAAAUAUGGCAGCUCAGAGCGGCAAAAUUUAAUCGAUGAAAUCCACAGAUACAUGCUCGGCAAGGCUCCUCCUGUGCCUGACAUUCUCCCUACACCAGCAACCGAUGAUACAACAAGUGCGGAGGCAAAUACUGCUCCUAAUUCUGUUACGGAAAAUGCUAGUCUGGACGUGGCGACUGCUCCCAUACAGGAGCCCCCGAAUCCAGAAAACGAGCCAAUGAUGGUGGAAGAUGUUCAUGAAGUCCAAGUGAAUGCAGCUGCCGGUCCUCUUCAAGUUGGCUUCCGGGCAAGAGUGAGUUUAUCAAGGAGAGCACCUGCUUCCCAGACGAUUGAACAACCUCAGAGGCCUGUUACUAGAGCUCAGAAGCCCUCAGACGACCGCCUAUUUACUCUGGCUGCUAUCGGUCUGACCAUUGCCAUUUCCAUUCUCAUAUUGAAGAAGUUUCUCAAAUCAUAUGGCAUCUUCCUUAUGUAAUGUGCAAUACUCAAUGUGAGGAAGAUCAAGACUAGGAGCCAUAUAUAUAUAUAUAUAUAUAAACAUUUAUACAUAUGUAUGUAAAUGAUUGUCUAUAUUCUUCUCCAAUGAUAUCUCUUUCUCUUUGUUCA